UUUGAGCUGUUUACCUGCAACAAAAUGGAUGAAAUUCUGUUUCCCACGCAAAACUCUUUAAGCGACAACGAUGAUGGCGAUUUAAAGUUCUUUAAUACAUCCGCGAAAAGCCGCAAAGACAGUGAAACCUCCGACACGGCGGACAACAAUGGCAACGAGACAGAUGCCGACGGCAAGGAGAGCAAAACCGAUGCCGAUGCCGAUGGCGACUCCGGCGAACCAUCGCAGAAGAAACUAAAGACCAAAAAGGAGCUCGAAGAGGAGGAACGUGAACGCAUGCAAGUGCUGGUGUCCAAUUUUACAGAGGAGCAACUGGAUCGCUAUGAAAUGUAUCGGCGAUCGGCGUUUCCCAAGGCGGCCGUCAAGCGACUGAUGCAAACCAUAACUGGGUGUUCCGUCUCACAGAAUGUGGUUAUCGCCAUGUCCGGCAUAGCCAAAGUGUUUGUCGGCGAGGUUGUCGAGGAGGCCCUGGACGUGAUGGAGGCACAGGGUGAAUCGGGCGCACUGCUGCCCAAGUUUAUCAGGGAAGCUGUGCGUCGACUGCGUAGCAAAGGACGCAUGCCAAUCGGACGCUUCCAGCAGCCCUAUUUUCGACUCAAUUAAGCCACAGAUUAGUUAGUUAGUUAUUAAACAAUUAUGGAAUAUACAAAAGCGUCUUUAUUAUUAUUAUCA